AUGGGGCAGGAGGGUGAGGACAUCAGCCCCCUGACCUUGCUUGGGCCUCUUUCCCAGCUCCUUGCCGGGCCCACAGCCACGGCCACAAUGGUGGCCCAGAAGCUCAGCCACUUCCUGACCAGUUUGCGGCAGGUUCACCAGGAGCCUCGGCCAUCUGUGCAGCCAGAGCCUGUGUUCACAGUGGACCGAGCCGAGGUGCCGCCCCUCUUCUGGAAGCCGUACAUCUAUGUGGGCUACCGGCCGCUCCAUCGGACCUGGCGCUUCUACUUCCGCACGCUGUUCCAGCAACACAAUGAGGCGGUGAAUGUCUGGACUCACCUGCUGGCGGCCCUGGUGCUGCUGCUACGGCUGGCCAUCUUUGUGGGGACCGUGGACUUCUGGGGAGACCCACACGCCCUGCCCCUCUUCUUGAUUGUCCUUGCCUCCUUCACCUACCUCUCCCUCAGUGCCUUGGCUCACCUCCUGCAGGCCAAGUCCGAGUUCUGGCAUUAUAGCUUCUUCUUCUUGGACUAUGUGGGUGUGGCUGUGUACCAGUUUGGCAGUGCCCUGGCACACUUCUAUUACGCCAUUGAGCCCGCCUGGCAUGCCCAGGUGCAGACCAUUUUCCUGCCCAUGGCUGCCUUUCUCGCCUGGCUUUCCUGCACUGGCUCCUGCUACAACAAGUACAUCCAGAAGCCCGGCCUGCUGGGCCGCACUUGCCAGGAGGUGCCCUCGGCCCUGGCCUAUGCACUGGACAUCAGCCCCGUGGCGCACCGCAUCCUCGUGUCCCCCGACCCUGCCAUGGAUGACCCAGCUCUUCUCUACCACAAAUGCCAGAUGGUUUUCUUUCUGCUGGCUGCCGCUUUCUUCUCUGCUUUCAUGCCUGAGCGCUGGUUCCCUGGCAGCUGCCACGUCUUUGGGCAGGGCCACCAGCUCUUCCAUGUCUUCUUGGUGCUGUGCACACUGGCUCAGCUGGAGGCCGUGGCACUGGACUAUGAGGCCCGGCGGCCCAUCUAUGAGCCUCUGCACACCCGCUGGCCCCACAACUUCUCCGGCCUCUUCUUGCUUACCGUAGGCAGCAGCAUCCUCACGGCAUUCCUCCUGAGCCAGCUGGUACGGCGCAAACUCAAUGUCGAUCGGAAGACCCAGUGA